AUGAGAGGGAUUGUCGCUCUUUCUUUGCUCUCUGUGGCGCUGCGCGUCACGGCGGCCUUGACCGAAUCCAACUUGCACAAAUACCCUGGGGUGCUGGCACUUCAAAAUUCCUUUAACCCCAUCAAGGAGGCCUACUGGACUGGGUACCCUCACCAUCGACGAACUCCAUUUGCUGUCUCGCCCGAUGGAAAGUCCGCUUACAUUGCCUACCUUGACGCGAGCGAAACAGACAUUCAUGUGCAGCAAGUGGAUGUAGAUACAUUCAAAGCGACCGGAACGUCGGUGACAGUGUCCGGUGGCAAGGAAGCGGGCGGACUCGUGGCCCAUAAUGAUGGGUUUGCCCUCCUGACAAAUGAGGCCAUGCCAUCUGGAACGACCAAUGCACCCCCCAGCGACACACCCGUCCCGGUCCUUUACCGAUACACCGAUGGGAAACAGACGUGGAAGACGUGGCUGGGUGGACCCGAUGUCCACGAGACGGACGGUCUCUCCGCGUCGCCUGAUCUCAACGGCGACCUGGUCUACUCUGAGGAAUCGGGUCUCUACGGCGCCUACUUUGUCGUCACAGACUACUCUGGCGAUGCAGCAGGACACUUCGGUGACAGUAUUCAGUACGUUGCAGAUAAUGGAACACUGGUCACGAUCACCGGGGCUAGCAGCUCCUGGGGCUGUAGCCAUAACACAGGUAUCGCUUUCGAGUCCGCCGAUGAACCUCCGUUCGCGAGCAUCUGCGCGGAAGACCAGGGGGCUAUCUGGCUGAAUACCAGAACGCUGGGCAUGUCCAGUGACGGGGUGAAGAUCUCCAAUGAGAAUACCACCAACGGAGCCUCGGGGGAGCCCAUGGGCGGCAUGUCCGGGAGCUACAGUGCUCUUGCUCGGUUUGCGGAAAGCAGUCGGUACAUCUUCGCCUGGGUUUCCCGUGGUGCAAUGGAUCUCACCGAAAACACGUGGAUGGGGAGUGGCUACACUCAUGCCCUGAAUCGCACCAACAACCGCAAUGUCGCCAUCUCACUGUUCUCCGAUAAAUACACCAUGGUUGGAGAGCAGGCGACCUCGAAAGUCGGCGCUGAAGACGGCGAUGCCCAGAUCAAUUGGCUGACCGAAGGCGCCAACGACUGUUCGAAUGCGCAUGCGGCGACGUUCGGGAACAACAGUGCACUCGUGUCGUGGGAGGAGAUCUCGGAUCCCAUUUGCGACUUUGUGGCGAUGGGAUGCCGGGGGCAGUUUGCCGGCACCUUCUUUCAACAGGUGGAUGGCAAUGGAAACCAGGUCGGCAGCCCGUUGAAAAGCACAGAUACCUUCGUCGCAGGCGAUAUGGUCACAAUGGCUGAUGGCCGAAUCUGCUGGCCCUAUGUGAGUAUGAACUGGGAUUUAUCGCAAGCGGUGUAUGCAUCGGCCUCUGCCACCACCACGCAAAUGAGCUUUGCCUGUGUUGAUCUCACUGGAAACUCGUCCGGCACUGCAGCCUCAUCGAGCAGUGCAAGUCCGUCGACGAGUGCUGCAUCGUUGAAGACUGCAACCGCAUCCAAUGGCAACGGCAAGCCGAUAAGCACUUCAGUAAGGGGGGACAGUUGCGCUGCAUCCGCUUGA